CCUGUUCUGUCCCCAGUAUCCGCGUAUGCAUUUGACGGACUGUAUAUCCACUGCAAUCAUCCAGUCUCACAGAGACUACAGCACAUUGAGCCGGACAGCUUACGUGAGCGAACCAUGUCUUGGCAUGUUUCGCGUCCGGCUAUUGGGUGACCAAUAGCCGAGGACGGUCAUGCCAGCUAAACUCCGAAUACCUUGCUAGGCAUCCUCAAAACAGACAAAACACAUCAACAAGCUCUGAAACCGCAUCUCUACCCCAGAAUCAUCCACCAGGAUAACCUUGUCGAAAUCACAACUCACAGCCACAGCUCACAGUAAUCACCAUGGCCUCUCAAGUCCUCGGUCACUCUCCCCUCAUCAAGCCGCUCGUCACGUUGGCUGGUUGGACCUUCGUGAUGGAGGCCUGGAUGUACGCGACUCGCAUCCCAGCUAUCUCGAAGUACAACAUCGAUGUCAAUCCCGAAAAAGUGGCCCAAGACUUCAACACCAAGGUCCCGAUCACCAUUCGUCAGAUUGCGGACAACUACAAUCAUUUGCACGAGCAGCCGACUAUCUUCUUUGCCGUGGCAUUGGCUCUUGCUGUCGUUGGCGACGACCAUCCAAACACCGUGAAAGCGGCUUGGACCUACGUUGGCGCCAGAAUCGUGCAUUCGAUUUUCCAAUCGACGGUGAACAAGGUCAUGGUCCGCUUCCAGCUCUUCUUGGGCAGCUCCAUUGUCCUGGCUGGUUUGACUGGCCGCCUUGCCCAGAUCGUCUACUAGAUCACGAGACAGAGCCGAAACGAUAGGAAACAAGAGGCUUGACAGAACGAGUGGAAUCACAGAACGAAUGCAAGCUGCACUGGAGUGAACGAUUUUGUACCUAAUCUUGAAAUAUGUUGCAAUAUCUGAAAAAGCCUUGCCUCUUGAGUUGCGCUCUGUUUCAA